AUGGAGUACACAAAAAAAGAUGGCCCCUUUUCAACUAAUGUCAAUGAUAAUAUGUCAGAAAAAUACGCCGCGAUGAAAGAAGGAAAAGACCGUUUAGAGAAGUUCAACAAAAGAGGAGGAAAUAGAAAAGGAGGAAAAGAAACUGAUAAAGGAGGAAAUCGUGGUGAUCGUGUCAGUAGAGAAACAGGAAGCGGAAGUGCUGCUCAAAGUGAAGAUGAAUUGGACGAGCUGCGUCCCGGUUACCAGAAGAAGAAACGACGGCGACGCCAUUCGCAUAUGUCAGCCUCCAUAACUUCUGAAUCGACUACGACAACGAUGCUGUCAAACUUGACAAACGCGCCCAUCAAUGUUGAAAAGAAAAAAUCAUCAUAUGCUUAUUACGAGUGUUCAGCGUGGGUUCAUACUGCAAUUGUUAUUUACGAGUUUGAAUUUUUUUUUCAUUCCGCUCUUUUCGUGAACUUAUUCUUUUUUCAUUCUUUUCCUUCUUUUAUUUUUUCUUCUAUUUAUUUUCUCUUUUUUUCGUUUCUUUUUUUUUUCUUCUAUUUAAUUGUUUACCACUUUUCAUACAAUUCAUAUCUUUAUAUUUUGUCGUUUUUUUCUUUUUUCGCUUUUUUAUUCUUUUUUAUUCCUGCGUAUUUUCUCUCUUUCUUUUUUCUCUGUCUCUUUCCUUCUAUUUGUCUUGCUCCCCUCUCUUAUACAUUCAUCCUCUUCAAUUUUAUGUUCUCUUUUCUUCACACUUUCCUUUAUUCUUUUUCCUCUCUGUUUCUCCUACACUCACAUAAUAUUUCUUAUUUCAUUUCUUAUUCCUUCUUUCUUUCCCUUUUUAUCUUAUACAUUCUUUACAACUUUUUUUUUAAAUUGUACAUGUCCUAUAUUACUUUGUCUUCUUUUUCUUUUUUCUUGUACCGCAUUUUUCAUCAUAUUCCUAUAAUCUUUCCUUUCUAUCUUCCUCGGUCUCUCUUUCUCCUUCUUAUUCUCUCUUCUUUAUUUUUCUAUUUCUCUCCCCACUCUCUGUCUGUCUAUCUCUCUCUUUUUCCUCUUUCUUUUAUAUUCAUUAUCUUGUCAUCCUUCCAACCUUGUUAUAUUUACUGA